AUGGUUUCAUCAUACAUCUUGCACAGCCUCAGUAUUGCGUUUUUGGGAAAUAUAAAUGGCUCAUUAAUUCACUCGCAAAAACGUCGACUGGAGAGAUGGGCCGAACACUUCGAAGAGCAGUUCUGCUGGCCUCCUGCAACACAGCCGGUGGAGAUAAUGCGUAUGGGCGAAUGGAAUGCAAGUCUUGAUCGCCCUUCAGAAGAAGAAAUAGGAUACGAAAUAGCCUUACUGAAACGUGAGAAGGCACCAGGACCGGACGGUCUGUAUCGGUGCUACAAAGCGACUCCACGAAUUCCGUAA